GAAAUACCCUCCUCCUUUCUCUCUUAAGGGGUUCCUUCUCCUUUGUUCUGUUGCCGCUCACUGCUCAAAAAUCAGACGAUUUUAAGUGCGAUUUCUUUCUCUAGAGAGAGAAGCCAUGGAGGAGAUGGACCACGGCCACAUGAACGGUACGGGGGGCAUGGAUCACAAGACGGGGGACCACCACAAGAUGAUGAUGCACAUGACCUUCUUCUGGGGGAAGAACGCCGAGAUCUUGUUCUCCGGCUGGCCGGGAACCGACGGCGGAAUGUACGCUCUCGCUCUCCUCGUUGUCUUCCUCCUCUCCUUCCUCGUUGAGUGGCUCGCCCACUGGAGUUUCGGCAAGGAAGGCUCCAACCGCGUCGCCGUCGGGGUGGCACGGACGGCGGUGCACGCCGCCCGGGUGGCGCUGGCCUACAUAAUCAUGCUGGCGGUCAUGUCCUUCAACGUCGGCGUGCUGUUGGCGGCGGUCGCGGGCCACGCUCUGGGGUUCUUUCUGUUCGGGAGUAGGGUUUUCAGGGAGACGCCGGCGGCGGAAAAAGAGUCCGAUGUGUCUCCGAUGAUUUGCUGAUCUGCGCACGAGAAAUUCGACACAUGGGUUUGAAUACCGGUUAUGCCUUUGAUGGGUUUAAUUAAUAUCGUUGUGAAUUUAUAUGUGAUGCUAGGUUUUGAGUUAAUUUGUAGGUGCGAGCGGGUAAUGGAUUAUCAUCAAAUUAGUCAUUCAGCUAAAUGUGUUUAUUAUAAAGGCUCUUUUUUUUUUAUCAAAACAAUAA